AUGCCCGAACUUGAAGUCAUCAACUUGGACCAACCUCAGCUUGGGUUGCGUCUGCAACUCCUCACGGCUGCCGGUCCCGUCAACGUGCCUGGUUUGCAAGCGUGCUACGUUGAUGACGAAGGCGACGAGAUUCUGGUGUCGAACGACGUGCUGGUGAUGCUCGGCAUCGAUCUCGAACGUCUCCUCGAGCAAGUGGCCCUCAAAGCGAUACGGGUUGACGACGCGCUUGACACGGACCGUCUCGAUCGUGAAGACGCUGCGAGCAUGCCGGCUCGCUCGAUCUUGGAAAGCUUUUCCGCGGAGCGCUAUGAACGGCUCGAGAAGAUCGUCAAGAGCAACGAGAUUUGGCACACAGUCUUUCGCGACACCGACCUACCAGCAGACGUCGAGCCGAUGGACAUCAAGCUCAAGAAGGAUGCGAGCCCGUACAGCUGUGCGGGUCGCAAGCUCUACCUGUACCAGGAGCGCUUUGUUCAUUUGUUCGGUCGUCAACUUUUGCGGGACGGCGUGAUCGAGCUCUACAAGGAGCUCCUCAUGUUUCUCGACUCCUCGGGUGACGGCUUCUCGAUCAUCAUCACGCAAGUGAAGAAAUCCAACGACAGUGUGCCUGUGUGGACGUUGCAGCACGAACCGGUCGCGUGCAUCUCGGGCGUAUGGAGGGGUGCUCAGCGCAAGUGGAGCGUGAUCGAGCAAGAGGCAUACCCGAUCGUCAAGGCGUGCCUCGAUACCGACCACACAAAUCUUAUCAACGUCCUUGCGUCCGGCCAAGAAUGGAAACCCGGACAGUGUGGCAAGCUGGCGCGAUGGGCCAGCUACAUUACGCCUUACCGCUACACGAUCGAGCAUAUCGAUGGCGAGCACAACGACGUCUAG